UCAGAAGGUGGGCUGCGAGUUUCAUGCGGGUGCUGGGUAUUGCGGACAUAUGUGAGUUUGCAGACUCCAGCAGUGAUACUGUUAGGACAGAUUGCAUAAAGUACGGUCAAAUGAUGCCAUGGCUUGUCUUUUCCGAAGGUCCAUAGCAGUACAGCUUUCCAGAGUUCUGGGGGUAGCAACAGAGAAGCUUAUUCCAGUGGUGUCAGCAGUUCCAGUCUCCAAAAAACAACAGACUCUAGAUUUCCGAGUGUCAGUGAACUCUCUGCUGGCAAAUGGCUUUUUAAAAUUGGGAUCAACUACUCCGAAUCAAGCAAAAGAACUGUCUGAGAAGUUAACUUGUGAUGAUGUGAUUACUGAGAUAGCAGUUGGGCAAGGAAGCAUUAAUUUCAAAGUGAACCGAAUCUUACUUGCUGAGAUUGUUCUGCAAGAAGUCUUUAAGAAGGGUUCAAAAUAUGGAAUAGUGAGUGAACUCUUUCAUGAUUAUCCCUGUGGCCGAGUUAUAGUGGAGUUUAGUUCUCCAAAUAUUGCAAAAAAAUUUCAUGCAGGGCAUUUGCGUUCCACGAUUAUAGGUAACUUCAUAGCCAACCUAAAGCAGGCUUUAGGCAAUGAUGUGAUCAGGAUCAACUACCUUGGUGACUGGGGUUUGCAGUUUGGAUUACUUGGAGCAGGAUUUCAGUUGUUUGGUUCAGAAGAAAAGCUUAAAGCAAAUCCCUUGCAGCACCUUUUUGACGUAUAUGUUGAAGUGAACAGAUUAUUAGAAGACUGUGAUGACAUUCAAAAGGCAGCACAAGAAUUUUUCAGAAAGCUGGAACAUGGGGAUAAACAGACCUUGGCAUUAUGGGAGCACUUCAGGGCUAUAAGCAUUGAAGAAUAUGAAAAAACUUACCAGCGGCUUGGUGUGCGUUUUGAUGAGUACUCUGGAGAAUCCUUGUACCGUGUUAAAUCACAAGAACUCCUGCAGCUGAUUGAUCAGAGAGGACUGCUCAAGAAAACAAAGCAAGGAGUUGGAGUGGUUGAUCUUUCACCAAAAGGUGAUCUCUCCAGUUAUGCCAAAAUGGUUCGAAAUGAUGGGACGUCCCUCUACUUGACCAGGGAUAUUGCAGCUGCUGCAGAUCGAAUGGAGAAAUACAACUUUGACAAAAUGAUAUAUGUGACAGAUAAAGAACAGCGCACUCAUUUUCAGCAAGUGUUUGAAGUACUGAAGAUCCUGGGCUUUAACUGGACGGAACGGUGUCAGCAUGUACCCUUUGGGUUAGUGAAAGGAAUGAAGACUCGGAAAGGAGAUGUUGUUUUUCUAGAAGAUGUUCUGAAUGAAGCACGCACCAGAAUGCUGCAAAACAUGGCUGCCUCAAAGACAACAAAAGAACUGGAGGAUCCUGAGAAUACAGCAGAGAAAGUGGGUGUUGCUGCGCUUAUCGUUCAGGAUUUUAAAGGUCCCCUUAUGUCUGAUUAUGAAUUCGACUGGGAUCGUGUACUCCAAAGCCAGGGAGAUACUGGAGUGUACCUGCAAUACACUCAUGCCAGGCUGUGUAGUUUACAGAGACAGUGUGAAAAUGGAGAAAUUAUGCAAUUCAACCCAACUUAUUUACAAGAUCCUCAGGCAAUUGCUUUACUACAGCAUCUCCUCAGGUACGAUGAAGUUCUUUAUCAAGUUUCUGAAGACCUCCAACCCAAAUAUCUUGUUAACUACCUGAUAAUGCUGAGUCGUCUUGCUUCUAUAGCUCACAGGACUCUGCAUAUUAAGGGCAGCAUGCCAGAAGUAGCAACGGUUAGUAUAUACAGCGAGACUUCUACUCUUCAAGGGAAUCUCUUCUGUGCUCGCUAAUGGAAUGAAACUUCUUGGUAUCACUCCAGUGGAGAAGAUGUGAUUAAACUUGUGUUUGAGCAAUUGUUAAAUGACUUUGCAAAACUUGGGUAAAGAUGUGUUUACAAUAGCUGAUUAAGCCAAAUAUGCAACUGCUUUUGAGUACUCAUAGGGAGACGUGUAACCCCUGGGGAAGGGUCACUCUGUUGCUGCCCUCAGGUGGUGUCAAUUCAGAGCAAGUGUCCCUCUUGAUACCGCGAAUUCAUUUGGUUCACAGGAGGGAAAAUAAAGCUGGGAGAAAAACAUUGCAACUUUUUUUUAAUAGUCAUCCAUUAUUUGGUCACUUAUUAUUUCAAAUUAUACCAGAUACUGUGAGUCAGCCAGCCUGAAGAUGCAGUAAGUAGAGAUUCAAGGUUAUUAGAUCAUGUGAUAUGUUUGAAUGUUCAUUCAGCAAGGAGUUGAAAGGACAACUUGCUUUAAAGACUAAAGUUCAUCUCCAUAGAUGCUGCAUGUACUGCUGAGUUCCUCCAAUAUUGUGUUUCUCUGGAUUUCCAGCAACUGCAGCAUCUCUUUUUUUUAUAAGUAAUUUUCCACUCGUUAGCUACCAAGCUGCUCCCCUACCUUUGAUUUCUAGUGGCCGAAGCUCCACCCACAUCUUUGGUAUUAUUGGAGCUUGUAAAGUUAGUUGUGGGAGGACAGGAAUGACAGUAAUACAGAUUUUUGAAAUGAAGACUCGCCUUGGCUUUUCUCAUUUAGGUUCUCAUAAAGAUGACAGUUGGCUAGCUCUUGGUUAGAGUUACAUUCUGCGGUUGGAUGCCAAAGAAUGAUUAAAAUCCAGUCACAAUGGCUCUUGAAGAAACCAAUUUUAUGCCAUGUAUAACUAUUAGUAAUUUUAGGUUGUGCUUAAAAUAUUAGUCCAAGUAUCUCACCUAACAUUAAAAAUCAGCUAGAACAGAGUACCUUUGUUGGACUUUACGCAAGCCAAUCUGCCGUAUGUCCCAAGCAAUAUGGCAAAUAGCAGAAACAGUAGCUGAAGAAUGCUGUAUUUUGUUGUGCUUGUGAGCCUGAGGGGCUUAAAAUGGGAUGUCACCUGAGUUUAACUAUUGAAAGAUUUUAUUAUUAAGA